GGGAGAAAAAAAGUGCAUGGGUAAGCAAAAAAUGAGAAAGUUGUAAGAGCUAGAGGUGCAAGGAAGAAAAACUCCAGAAGGGCAGAGGCAACACACACAGGGGGAUCUUUGAGAAACUUUGCGCAACUUUUAAGGACACAAAGAAGCUUUCAAAAUGGAUUUCGUGUCCAUUUUUGUCAGUGUGUUUUUCUUCCACUUCAUUCACUUUGAAUCAACAUUUGCAGCCCCUUCUCCUAUCAUCAGAUUUCCUGGCGAUGACACUCCAAGAACAGACAAAGAGGUUGCACUGCGCUACUUGAACAAAUUCUAUGGAUGCCCGCAAGACAGAUGUAACCUAAUGGUGCUCAAGGACACCUUAAAGAAAAUGCAAAAGUUCUUCUCCCUGCAAGAAACCGGCGAGAUUGAUGCCAAAACUGUGGAGAUCAUGAAAAAGCCCCGCUGUGGCGUGCCAGAUGUGGCCAACUACAAUUUCUUCCAUAGAAAACCUUUGUGGCAGAAAAAAGACAUCACCUAUAGAAUCCUCGGCUACACUCCGGAUCUAGACGAGGAAGUCAUCAAUGAUGCUUUCUUCAGAGCCUUCAAAGUGUGGAGUGAUGUCACGCCACUCUCGUUCACUCGCCUCAUGGAUGGCGAGGCAGACAUUAUGAUCAAUUUCGGCCGCAAUGAGCAUGGUGAUGGUUACCCAUUCGACGGCAAAGACGGCCUCUUGGCUCACGCGUUUGCCCCUGGACCAGGAAUAGGCGGCGACUCCCACUUUGACGAUGACGAGCAGUGGACGCUGGGAGACGGCCAAGUGGUGAAGGUCAAGUUUGGCAAUGCGGACGGAGAGUUCUGCAAAUUCCCCUUCCUGUUCCAGGGUACUGAGUACAAAAGCUGUACAUCUCAGGGCCGUGACGAUGGCUUCCUGUGGUGCGCAACCAGUUACAACUUUGACGAAGAUGGCAAAUACGGCUUUUGUCCUCACGAGUUGCUCUUCACCCUUGGUGGCAAUGGCGAGGGUGCGGCAUGUAAAUUCCCCUUCACCUUCCAGGGUGAAAAGUAUGACAGCUGCACCACCACUGGCAGAGAUGACGGCUAUCGCUGGUGUGCCACAACUGAGAACUAUGACCAAGACAAAACCUACGGAUUUUGCCCCGAAACCGCUAUGUCAACUGUGGGAGGUAAUAGUGAAGGGAGCCCCUGUGUCUUCCCUUUCACCUUCCUUGGAGACACCUAUGAGGCCUGCACCACUUCUGGACGCAAUGAUGGCAAGAUGUGGUGCGGUACAACCAAGAGUUACGAUGAUGACCGCAAGUGGGGUUUCUGUCCUGACCAAGGAUACAGUUUAUUCCUUGUGGCUGCUCAUGAGUUUGGCCAUGCCCUGGGCUUGGAGCAUUCUGAAGACCCAGGCGCACUGAUGGCCCCCAUCUAUACUUUCACCAAGGAUUUCAGACUCUCUAGCGAUGAUAUUAACGGCAUCCAGGAGCUUUAUGGUGUUCCUACAGAUAAGCCUUUACCUCCAACCCAGGGACCCGUUACCCCCAUGGACAUCUGUAAGGAGACUGUUACUUUUGAUGCAGUUGCCCAAAUUAGAGGAGAGACCUUCUUCUUUAAGGACAGGUUCUUGUUCAGGUCAGUAAACUUCAGAAGCAAGCCCAAUGGACCCAUGCUGGUGGCCACCUAUUGGCCUGACCUGCCCAGCAAGAUAGAUGCCGUUUAUGAAAACCCAGUGGAGGAGAAAACUGUCUUCUUCUCAGGCAAUGAAAUGUGGGUGUACAAGGCCGACGAACUGGAGAAAGGUUACCCCAAGAGCCUCGACAAUCUUGGCCUGCCAAGCGACCUGGAACAGAUCGACGCUGCUUUCAGCUUUAGGAAGAACAAAAAAACGUAUCUCUUUGCUGGCGAGCAGUUCUGGAGAUAUGAUGAAAAUACAAAGACUAUGGAUAGCGGUUUCCCCAAACUCAUUGCUGAAUCCUGGAAUGGCAUACCAGAUGGUGUUGAUGCUGCCUUUAGUCUCAACGGAAUUGAUUACAGCUACUUUUUCAAAGGCGACCACUAUUUCAAACUGGAGGACAGCAGUUUGAAGAUUGUCAAGUUGGGUGAAAUCACAAAAGACUGGCUUGGCUGUUGAGCACAUCUGGCUAUUUCAUGUGACAAGGACAUCAAGGCCACUGAGAUGCACGCUAUGUUUUAAUUCUGCGAUAGAGGCCUCCAUUGGACAUUCUACACAGUGAAGCACAGCUUCUUUUGUGAGAAAUUUUAUUUGUCACACCAGUGCACACCUACAUCAUAUAUCAUGUACCAUUUUUAGUUAUUUGGUUUUACUCUAGUUUUUAACAGAGACAUCAGGUAUGUCCACUCUGCAUUGAACGCAAUGCAUAGCGUGCUGUGAGUUGAACUUGUUGUGUAUGGUAUAAGGAUUCCACGAUGGCUUGGAUAAAGCCAACAAGUGUAAAGUAGUUUUGUAAGAAAUGUACCAGUUUUACCGAUAGUUGAUUUGCUCAUGGUUGUGCAAUACAUUUGAAAAGAAAUGACAUUUGCACAAUCUUUGUGACCGAAUAUGGUGCUUUAGAAAUGUUCCUAAGAAAAUGCACACAAUGGAGUGUGAAACUAAAGGAAAAGCUUACGUGUAAUAAUCCUUUAAUUUGACACUCAUUUGUAAAUAUAUGCAUUUUUAUAAUCUGUGUAAGGGUUGAUGGGGAUAUGGGAUUUCCAGGAGUAAUAUGUUUAGGCAUACAAUAUUUUCUUCUUGGUUAGCACUUUGUAGGAGUUCUUUUGACUUUGAUACAGAGGAAAUGAAGGCACAGGUUGCCUCUUGAGGUCGUGUAGGUUUGCUGCAUGAUUAAAUCAUGACAAGAAUACCACAGUAGUAUUAAUUAAAAAAAAAUUUCUUUGUUUGUUUUCCCAGGAUUUGUCAAUACAGUUGUAGUAUUUCGUGUUGGUUAUAUUGCUUAUGUGUUAGGUCCUCUUCCCCCUCCUUCUGAGACAUGCCCACCUCCAGCAGGUGUGCAUGUUUUUAGCUGAUUGCAGGUCAGACGAGUGGAGCGGCCACAGCUGAGAGCAAUGAACAUCAGCCAGCUUUAAAAGCCCAGCAGACGCUCCACCUCGUCGCCCGAUCAACUCGUCUGGUUUCGCCGUCCUGUUCUCUGCGCGCUCCUUGUCGGAUUCUACGCCUGCCUCCUUCCGAGCUUCCACGCCUGCCUCCUUCCGAGCUCCCACGUCAGCUCCCCUGCUCCGCUCCCAGCAAUCUACACCCAAGACAGCCUUGUGACCUACAAUAAACGAUUGCUCAUUUUUUACCACUGUGUGUCCACUCUGGGAUCCCCUAUUGCUCUCGCACCUUAACAGUUUGAUCGGGCCAUCAUGGAUCCCACGGACAACACAGCCAGCUCGCCCACGUCACUCCUUGACCACCACCAAGCAAUCGAAUAUCUAUUCAGUAAGGUAACGGACAUUUCUGAGUCACUUCAAGCCAUCCAGGCACAACUCACGCCGCUGCCUCAUGCACGCACAGCCCCGCCUCCCCUCCGCCACACCGCCGCUUCGCCGAGUCAUGUUCCCGUAACUAACCUGGCGUCAACAGCUGCGGCGCGGGAACCCCACGUCCCGGCUCCGUCUCCUUACGAUGGCAACCUUGGUACAUGUCGUGCUUUUUUAGUCCAGUGCAGCCUCGUCUUCGAACAGCAGCCAUCCAUGUACCAAGGGGACCGAACAAAGAUUGCUUAUUUGAUCGGAUGCCUACGCGGAGCGGCUCUCGAUUGGGCUUCCUCUAUAUGGGAGCAGGGGUCCGCGGUGUGUAGUUCAUACGCCCACUUCACCGAUGAAAUGCGAAAGAUCUUCGACCAUCCUAUUCGUGGUAAAGAGGCUGCCAAGCGGAUGAUGGCCAUUCACCAGGGGUCACGGAGCGUCGCAGAAUUCUCGGUGGAAUUCCGCACGUUGGCCGCUGAGAGCCGUUUUAACGAUGCGGCGCUACAGGAGAUCUUCACCCGCGGCUUAACUGAGUCCCUCAAAGACGAAUUGGCCACGCGGGAUGAGCCUGGGUCUUUGGACGACCUUAUUAAAUUGGCGAUCCAAAUUGACAAUCGCUUGCGGGAGCGAAGAAGACAACGCCGGGAACCGCCGAACCCCCCCGGCCUGCGCCUAGCUGCCCUUCCACGCCCGUCUUCGUUCCCUGUUCAGGCCACUGAUGCGGCUCAGGCGACACUGCCCCCUGCUGACAAAUCUGAACCAAUGCAGUUGGGCCGCGCCAGGUUAUCCCAGGAGGAACGCACUCGCAGGUACAGCGCUCAGUUGUGUAUUUACUGUGGGCAAGGGGGGCAUUU